AUGGAUCCAUCGAUUGGUAACUGCACUGGAGAAUUUCGCCUCCUCUCAUUUUCUGUCUCUGCAGAUGUUCAGAUUGUGUUUAUUCUUGGGAUCUUAUUCAUAUAUUCCUUAAUUCUCCUGGGGAACCUGGUUAUUAUUGUUCUCAUUUCUCUGGCUCCUCACCUUCACACCCCCAUGUACUACUUCCUCUGUAACCUCUCAGUGCAAGACAUCAUCUACGUAUCAUCCAUUCUUCCAAAAUUCCUCGCCAUAACAAUAACCAAAGUCUUAAGGAUCACGUUCCCAGGAUGCUUCACACAGAUGUUCUUUUUUACAUUUUGUGUUGGGACAGAGUUCUUACUCCUAACAUCAAUGGCGUAUGACCGAUAUGUGGCCAUUUGCAUCCCUCUGCGCUAUACAGCCAUCAUGAGUAAAGUAACAUGCGUCCUCCUGCCUGUGGCUUCCUGGCUGGUUGGGUUCCUAACUGCUCUGAUACAUUCUCUGAUGGUCUCAUUUGCUUCCUUCUGUGGUUCUCAAGACAUUAAUCAUUUUUAUUGUGAUUUGAAGACGGUGAUAAAACUGGCCAGCAGCGACACCACACACAUCAAGACCUUGUUAUUUGUGGUGUGCAUCGUUUUAGGGUUGUUCCCCUUUUUGCUGAUUCUGACGUCUUACAUAUUUAUUAUCUCAAGAAUUGUUAAAAUCCGAAGCUCAAAAGGUAGAAUGAAGGCCUUCUCCAGCUGCUCGUCCCAUCUCACUGUGGUCAUCUUGUUCUACGGAGCGCCACUCAGCUCCUACAUGAUCCCAGAGAGUGAACACUCCCAGGAAAAGGACAAGCUGCUGUCCUUGUUGUACACGGCAGUUGUUCCGCUAUUAAAUCCCCUUGUCUAUUCUUUAAGGAAUAAUGACGUUAUGUCAGCGAUGAAGAAAAUCAAUGAAAAGUACUUCAGGUUUCCUACCGUCGCAGGAAAUAUCAACCACUAA